AUGGAUCAAAAAGAAGAUGAGUAAUUCAUGUAAUUACCUAGACUUAAAAGUGAUGACAUGUAAUUAUAAUUUCAACAUCUAAAUAAUAUAAACGAUGAUUAGGAAUCCUAUUUAGUUUAAUCCACUAUCUAAUUUAGUCAGAAUCCUCGUGUUUUUUAGAGUGUAGUCACUGGUCAAUAUCAAAAUUAAGAUGAAGAUUCUCUUGAUUAUUCACAAUUUAUGACUAAAUCCUAUACACAACAAUCAGAUUAAAAAUAAUAAUAACUAGAGGAUUAUCUUCUCUUAUAGAAAAUUACUAAUUCUACUUAUGAACAAAAUCAACAACCUUAUGAAAUUGAAUUUGUUAAACAAAUUAAUGGAGCAUUAGUAUAAUUUUGUAUUUCUUCUCCUGCAACUAGAAAAUUAUUUGCAAAUUAAGAAAAAGUAAAAUCAAGAAAUACACUUACAUUGAAUGCAAAUAAAAUUUGGUUAGAAAAUCAAUCAGAAUGUUUUCAUUGUAUGUUUGACACAAAAACAUUAAGAAUCUUAAUUUAAUGUGAAUCUACAAAAAUACCUAGAGUAGAAUUAUUGAGUUAAUUUCAUUGUAAUGAUUUGUCUGAAUUUGUUCGUAUAUUCUGUAAAUUACCAGAAGUUAGAGAUGCUAUGUUAAGUUCAUAUAGUUUAAAAGAAACAUCNCACUUAAGAAAAGUAAUCCAGAUUUAGAGAAGAUUCGUUGAACUUCUUUGA